AUGGCGCCGCCGGCGCCCACCAUCCUCACCCUCAAGCAAAACUUCAUCACCACCCAGACGCGUCUCCUCUCACAGCCACUACAGCCCAGCCGCGCCUGGAGGCGCGGCAACGAGGCCGCCGCAAACGAUGAGAGAGCAGCCGCGCUGACAGACAAGGCCGUGGACGACGCGCUCUUCCGCCUGAACCACACCCUGCAGCAGCACUCGCGCCGCGUCCACGUUCCCCAGGCCACGCGCCAGAUCGCCGAGCAGGUCGACAGGCUGUACCUCAGCGCCGGGGACGGGCAGGUAGCCGGUGAUGACGACGCCGACGACAAUGACGACGACGACGCAUGGAGGAACAUGGGCGCCGACUAUGCCGACGCCGCAGUCAUUUCCUCGCUGCCGCCGGCAUGGGAGUCCGAGAGGGAGUCCGCCGCUUACCCCGUCGAGGCUGCGCGCUAUGCCGAGCUCGCCGGCCGGCUGCGUGGGCUGGCGGCACGGAGGGAUGAGGCCCGGACCCGCGUGGAGAGGCUGCGCCGGAUGAGGGCUCUGCUCGCCCCGUUCAGCGGCGACACCAACGAUGCCGAGGCAUCCUCAGGCCAGCCAGGGCCUGUCCAGGAGAACCUCGUCACCCGUGGCAGCGAGCUUGAGAAGGAGCUCCAGCGCAUGCGUGUGCUUCUCGUGCGCGUUGGGGACAAGGUGGCGAGGCUGAAGGAGAGGGAGGCUGGCCGUCAUGACGAUGACGACUUGUUUGGCGACGGCGACGCCAUGAUUGUGGAUGAUGUCGAGGUCGAGGAGAGGAGGAAAGUGGAUGGGCUGUUGGAAGCCUUUGGUUGA